GAAGUAAAUCAAGCAAUUUCCGUGAGAAUGAUUUGACUGGUAUUAGGUACGAAACACAGUCUGUCAGUCUGUCAGUCUCUCACUCUCUCUCACUCUCUCUCACUCUCACACACACACACUCUCUCUCUCUCUCCCCCUUACGUACACAGCAGACAACAGACAACAAACAGCAGACACGGCACAGCGGGCACACGGCAGACACCAACAACACGCACAACCCAACAUUCAAUACGAAAUCAUUUCUAUUCAGGGUUCAACGUUGCCCAGCCUUAUGAAAAAUCCACCGCUUUUCUUGAUAAAAUUGCCCUGAGUACGGGGGGUGUGGGUUACCCAAACGCUAGGUUGGAAAGAUUAUAGCGCCAAGUCCCUGAAGGAUCCAGCGUUGUUCGUGGUUAGUAGGCGACCCAAAGCCAGGUUCAGGCCAGGUUCAGGCCAGGUUGAGCCCAUCUUUACACAGGAGAUGCCCCAGCUGACACCCGGUCCAGUAUGCAAUAGAUAAAUUGGCGAUUGAGUGAGCAUCGAGAGAGAAGCACGAGGGCGGACGUGGCUAAGAGAGAAGAGAGAAGAAAGAAAGAAAGAAGAACGAAGAGAGAAGAAAGAAGAAUUAAGGGAUCAGAAGUCAGAAGUCAGAAGUCAGAAGUCGGAAAUCGGAAAUCGGAAAUCGGAACCAGAACGCGACCACUUCAACCAGUUACGGAAUUCCCAUACGGAUACGAUACGAUACGAUACUUGCGAUACUAUCCAUCCUAUCCAUCCUAUCCAUACCAUCCUAUCCAUAUCAUCCUAUCCUAUCCAUACACCUCUCUACCGGCACAUGCUCCUCUCCUCAACCUUACCUCCUACCUUCAUCUCGACGCACCAACAAUACUCGGGGGGAAAGAUUCCUCCCUUCUCUUCUAUUUUCCUUAUCCUGUCCUAUCCUGUCCUAUCACAUCGCCAUCACAUCACAUCACAUCUAUCGAUCGACCGACAUCUCUCCCUCUCCUCUCCCUCUCACCCUCUCCCCCUCUCCCUCUCCCUCUAAGUCCUUCCUCAUCCCUCCCAUCCACAUCCACACCCACGCCCACAUCCACCUCUCCACCCUCCAACAAAUCCAUCCGACCUUCCGCAAACCCUAAAUCCGUAUUCAAGAAAAGAGGAAAAAGGGAAUCCAAUCCUUCGUUGUUCGACCUCCUAUCGAGCCGUCUGCCAAUAGACUCCUGCAACUCACGCUCGUUCGCCCUUCCCUCUAUUUAUCGGCUCCCUGGCACGACCGUCACUUUUUUAUCGUCCGCGAUCGUUUCUAGAAUCCCUACGGAACUUCCACACCCACCUCGAAAAGAUCUCAACGCCACACUCUUAACGUUUCACCAUUGGCUCACACCUUAUUCAUACACAUAACGAACCAAAACACAACAGACGGCCAUUGAUUCAUUUUUUUUUACUCAUCCGUCCAUUUAUCUGAUAGACUAGCAUAUCCCCAGCCUCCAUCAAUACCCAAUACUCUCUUCUGCUGAGACCCCCGCUCGCAGUGCAUGAAUUGAUUCAACCUUUGGUCCUCGUUCUUUUUUCAUUCCGCGACAGAUUAAAGUCACUCGCUCCUUGGCUCCUGCUAAGGAGCCUCGAACACCGCCGAAGUGGCUUUCAGCAAAGACUCUCGAAAGUCCCUGCUUUCUCUUGGUCAGGGACCAUAUGAACAGGACGCUGGAGGUUAUUUUCAUCGUGAAGGACUCGCUUCAGGACCCGACGCGACAUCGUCGACGAGAAAAGAGAAGAUGUAUCUUCCAAACACCACAUGGACAUGGGCGUUCAUGAUUUCCGCAACUCUACAGGCCGCUGCGGUUUUAGCAAUUGAAUCAUAUGUGUUCGCAAAAUUUCAAACAAGUUUGGUUAAAGGCAAAGAACAAAUCGCUCUCGAUCGAACAAUCCCAACCUACCUCACCCUAUUUAUUUUCGGUUUCCUUUAUCAAGUUGUCCUGGUAUACGACUCGUUACGACUCAAAAAUACAAUUCAGGUCAUCGGUCUUUGCAUGUACAAUGGCGGAAUGCUAAUAUAUGCCUCCAUUCAAUACGAUCAAAUUCAAACGGCGAUUGAAUCUUUGGGUGACCUUGGUUAUGUGGAUGCGCACGCAAAUGUCUGGCCGGAUGUGCAAGGACUUUUGGUCGCCGUGCCAUGUAUUAUCGCUUUCUUCUCCAUCUUGAUGUCAUUCAUAGCUUGGAAACUUUAUGACGAAUUUGCCUGGACCAUUUACAAACACAUUAGCGCUGAUUUGCGUAUGAAACGCAGAUUCUUGACCUACCAAAUUUACAUUGCCUUGUUGAAAUUCGAUUUCUUCUUCUUCUUGGGAUUCACGGUUCAAUUUCUAGUUAUCGUUACUGGUGUACAAGAUUUCGAAUUCGGUUUGACCAUAGCCGCCAUUCCCGUUACCAUCUUCAUUUUAUUCAUGGCCGCCUUCUGGACUCGACGUGAAAAUAAACCAGGCAUGCUCUCAGCUAUCUUCAUCUUCCAUUGUGGUCUGGCCUACUUUAUCUUCAAACUUGCUCGAAUGUACCAACCGGCCAAAGCUGCAGACUAUAUGCCAGUGCGUAAGAAUUUGACAAGUUUCGCCGUCAUCACAAUCAUUCUGAUUAUCCUCACAAUCGUGAACGCUUCGUUAUGCACGGCAAACUUCAACAAAGGUCUAAAGCCACAUCUGAGGAAACGCAAGAUUGGUGGUGAAGAGGAGAAGAUUGAUCACAUGACUGAAUUGCCGGAUCUCAAUCAUUCUCACAAGCAAACGAAUCGGAUGACGAUAGAUUAAACCAACAAAAAACUUGUGGAUAACAAAAGCGGCAUGCAACUUCAAGACAUCGGGUUACAUAUUUCAGAAUUGGAUCAAGGUUGUUUUGGAUGGAAUGUGCACUGGGACGACUAUGACAUUGGGUUUUUUCUUUUUCUUUCUUGUCACUUUUUCUUUAUUCCCUUUUUUUUUCUUUUUUCAUGCGAUUUUUAUUGCGAUAGCCCUUUUUGAGCGAAGAUAUUUAAGCUUGCCUUGUCUUGGUCAAUACGGCUGGUAGGCAGGUAAAGGCAUUGGAGGAAACGAAACCUCACUUCAUACCCGGAAUCGAUGGAUAUUGGUUGGUUGGCGUUAGAAGGGGCGUAACAUGUGAUUUUUUAUGUUAGGAAUGGCGCAAGUAUUUGCAAGGCAAGAUUCAGAUCGAAUCAUGUCAUGGUUGGAUGAUUGGUCUCUAGGACUAUUAUUCUGAAUUGGAUCGACUUGCUGAGCAGGAAAAUCCUAUUUGAAAGAGAGAAGGAAACAGAGAGAGCACAGUAGCAUAGCACUAAGUAGCUUGCGAUGUGACGUUUGCAGAUGAAAGCGCUAGCAAAGCGAAAGAGAUCUUUAUGGAUAUAAAGGGGGAAGGAAGUGGGGAAGUGAAUGCAAAUUAUGGUCUUCAAUAUACGUCUAAUGA